ACGAUGUUGUCGAAGUUCGAUUUUCCAAUUACACUUGUCUGAGCUUUUCCGUGGUUGGAAAAAUACCUGUACCUUUGAAGAAACUGCAUUAUCGGAAUUCUCCCCUAAAUAGUGCCAACGUAGUGCCCGGACCAUUUUUAUACCCGCUAUCGUUAGAACGAAACAGAAAUCUUUAUUAUGCUAGCAUUUUACGAGUAACAAGAGUUAUUGGUUCCUAACACAGAACGAAAGAAAACAAGCGCAGCCAAAGUGAAUUGUGAAGAAAAUCCUUUUGCAUGGAUGUGGAAAUGAUUGGAUCGCUGGAACCGCUGGAAUUGCAUCGAACCAAGCAAAGGCCAAAUUUUUCAGGAAGAUAAACAUCGAUGGAUUUGUUUUAGUGUCAUUUGUUUAGGAAGAGCAGCAACAUAUACGCACUUACACCACGCUGUCCAUCGAAGUGAUUUUCCCUCGUGGGUGGUAAAUGUUUCACGCCUCCGCGUAUGAGGGGAGAGAGGAGAAAAAAACGCGGGAUUAAGUUGUUCGAAAAGAUGUGCUGCAUCUACGAACCAUGAGCAACGGCCAUUCAGCAUGAAAUGGAGUACAGACAUCGGAACAGUGGGAUAGGAUUGUUCCAGUACCGCAUUCAGUAUUACAGAGAUUACGACGAGGGUACGCUGCAGCCGGCAGACGAUAGUUGCAUCUAUUUGAAGGAACUAGACCACUACCGAACCAAAGCCAAAAUACCAUCGGACCACGACGCACCGUGCAACCGGAAGCUGCCGUUAUGUUAUCCGGUCACCAAAGCCACCCCGCAGCUCGAUACGGUGCCAAUCGAUGCCAGGAAAGGUUCUACCCCCGAAAGGGCAGAGAUGACUGUUAGCGCACUUCCCGGAUCAGUCAAAUUGGAAGGAUGGGGCCCAGAGAAAAAGGUCGUCAUCGAAAAAACGGAAAAAUCGUCCUUCGGAUUUAGUAUCGUUGGAGGAAAGGUCAAUGUUGGUGGCGAUGUUACGUCGGGACUGUUCAUCAAAAGCAUCAUCCCUGAAAGUCCUGCAGACAAGUGCAGAGAACUGAAGAUCGGAGAUCGAAUACUAGCUGUGAACGAGAACAGUUUGGAAAAUGCUUCCCAUGAGAAAGCCGUCAAUUACAUUAAAACUGCCAACGAUCGCAUCGUCCUAGUCGUUCAGAGUCUGGAACGUAACGUAAGAGAAACCAACCCAAUGGUACUUCAGAAGAAAGUUCCACCCCCAGUAACUCCGUCGAAAACGCCCGAAGUGGAGUAUAUACAAGAUGGCAAACCAAAGAAAGAAACCGUCGCAACACCAGAGGAUAAUAAGACCCUCACAGUUCCGAAAGCUCGCCAAGAAUCCACCGAUUCCGAAAAUUCAUCCGACGAAGAGGAAGAUAGCCGUGAGCUGGAGGGCAAAACAUUUACAAAAGCCGGUGUUGAGAUCGAUCGUGCCUCCGCUGGUAACACAAAGCUCGGUGAAGAAGACGCUGAGGAGGAGGAUGACUAUGGCUAUACGAUGAAAAAGAUAAAGAAGCGUUACUCCGCGUUGGGCGAAGUGGACUGCUGUACGAUCUUGCGAGACAGCAACGAAACAUGCGGUCUGUCUCUGUGCGGUCACCGGGACCGUACCCGCAUGGCUUGUCUCAUUGCUGGCAUCAACCCCAAGGGAGCAGCGGCCGGAACAUCUCUCGUCGUCGGUGAUGAAGUGCUGGAGGUCAAUGGAACUGUUCUCCACGGACGGUGUCAUUUGAACUGUUCGGUGAUCAUAAAAAAUCUUGCCAGCCCAACCCUUAAGUUUAUCGUGCUAAGAAAAAAGACAGCCCCGGAAGAACUGGCAGUGAAACCAGUGAAGCAUUUCCCCACUGAUUUUGACUAUACCGAUAAUAUCAUGGAGAAGUUUAAGGACGUCAAAACGAUCACAGUGAAAAAGGGCACUUCCAGCUUGGGUAUUAUGAUCAUCGAAGGUAAACACUCGAUCGCCGGUCAAGGAAUCUUCAUAUCCGACAUCCAGGAAGGAUCUACAGCGGAGAAGAGUGGUCUCAAGAUCGGUGAUAUGCUGCUUGCCGUUAACCGAGACUCGCUGCUCGGCUGCAAUUACGAAACGGCGGCCGGCCUGCUGAAGAAAGCCGAAGGUGUCAUCACGCUAAAGAUAUGCAAUCCAAACAAGGAGAAGGAAACCGAUAAAAAGGCAAACGGGGAGGCUGGUGCUGGUCCGGGCACGACACCCAACAAGAAGAAACCGGAAGACAUGGCAACGUUGGCCCCUAGCCGGGCGGGCACACCGCACGGCUCGAAACCGGAAGCGUCCCCAACGAAAGAGGUGGUUGAUCCGCUGAAGGCACCGAUCAAUGAGAACGAAUUCACGGUGAUCGAUAUCCUGACCGAGGGUAAACCGUUGGGCAUCAUUGUAGCCGGUGGCUGUGAUUCUUUGGUGAAGUCCGGAGCUGCGGUAAUGGACAUUUUACCGCAGAGUGUAGCGGAGAAGGAUAAUCGAUUGCAGAUAUUUGACCAGUUGGUGGAAAUCAAUGGGCUAAAGGUCAACAAUACUUGCACCAGCGAGACCAUCAAGCGUGCCGUGAAACAAUUACAUCCAAAGGUUCGCUUGGUAGUUUAUCGUGCCAGCCCGCCACCAACGGAAACAGUCGAGGUAGAUCUGAUGAAAAAACCGGGCAAAAAUCUUGGACUCACGUUCCGUGCCGGAAAUCCGAAAGGAAUCGUUAUCACUGGCUUGGUACCUGGCGGAUCGGCUGAAUUCGAUGGACGCAUACAGGUAGGGGAUGUGGUGUCCCAUAUCAACGGCGACAGUCUAGAAGCGGGCGGUAUCGAACAGUGCGCCUCGCUAGUGAAAACGGCCCAGGGCAAGGUGGGUUUGCGUAUUUUGCGACCGAAGCUAAAGGAACGAUCGGUUUAAGUCUUCUUCAAAACCGGUAACGCCAGCACGGCCACUCGUAGCGGAGACGCAGUGCUUUAGUGUGCAAUUGAUAAAGGAAACCUAGAGAUUUGUACAUAGAAUUGAAUGCUUGCAACAUAUGCUCACGUCACUCACACGUACACUAUUGAUAUUUUUAGCCGAAUAAAUAUUCUGUUAUAGAAAUAGA